AUGACGAUGGUAAAUGCAUAUAUUCUUUAUCAUCGUUUGCAUGAAAAUUCAAAGUACCAACUUUCUGAUUUUCGUACUGUAAUUGCAGAAACCCUCUGUAACGUUGGUCCAUCUGAUACUCAAAAACGUAAUCGACCACCUUUGAAUACACUACGACCUAAACCAAAGAGGGCAUAUAUUCCCCCAGCCAAUGUUCGUUACGAUGAAACAGGUCAUUGGUCUGAAUUUCUUGAUAGAUCGGGCGAAAAAACUUGUAAAAUGGCUGGUUGCAACUCACAAAGGCGUAAUGGAGCCUCCGGAACAUCAGCACAACCGCUGCGUCCUAAUGAGGAUGGCAGCCAUCAUUUACAGGAAUAUACUUAUAAGAAGAUAACCGCCUGCGAUGUUUGCUCACAAAUUCUAAGAGGACAUACACGUCAGGGCUUACGUUGCCGCAUCUGUAAGCUCAAUUCACAUGGCGAUUGCGCAUCCCAAUUGCCGCGUUGUCAGCCAAAGCAAAAAUUGCUCAGGCGUCAGAAGAGCACAUCUGAGCUCGAAAAUCGCGUUGAUAUCGAAGAAGAAAGUAAGUACUGA